AUGAGUUGUCUUCUUUUUAAGGUCUACGUUGUGAGGAAAAACUAUUCAGAAGGAGUGGAUGGAACUAUCGGCCUUCUGAAAUUGGAUGCUAGUGUUAAACAAUUAAAUAAUGAUGCAGUUCAUGUCGAGAAUCCGAGCAUGCGAGGAUCUUGGCUCCGAAAUCACAGAUGGAAUCAGACUGUCAGAUAUGCUGUUGAUUUUAAAGAAGUGAGAAGUUUUGAAGAUUUGAACAUUCUUGUAAAUGGUUCAGUUAUCAACAGUGAGCUCUCUAAACACCUUCAGAUCAAGUAUCAUGAGCUUUGCUGCAGUCGAAAAUGCUUUCUCCAUGACCAUGUUAUUGAGGACCUUAAUUGUAAAUUGGUAGGUGGAAUGCUUGCUGAGACUAUCAACAUUGCUGAUGGUAUUAGAGCUCCAGCUUUUAGUACCUUCCAGGAGAAUUUUGCAGCUUGGGAGAAGACUUUGAAAGCUUUUCAGGGCAUAGGAAUUAGUGCAAAGCUUUUGGAAGUAACAGAGACUUUGAUUAGGCUAGAUGUUGAGAUUGGCACAUUGGAGGUGUAUACUAAGAUUCGGGAGCUUAAGUUCCUUUGA